AAUAUAAUAGUAAUAAAUAACAACAAUAAUUAUUAUAGUAAUGACUACAUCAACGCCAUAUUCUCGUAACUCGGGAGUGUCCAGUGCGGCUGUUGGCUUUGCUGCUGCGGCGGUGGCGGCGGCGGUUUGUGUCACCCAUCUCGCAGAUGCGUAGGUAAUAAAAAUAUGUUCGUUGUUUCUUCUUCCCCACCCGUCGUCCACCGGCACCAGCAUCGCCGCUUCCGUUAUUUAACCGCGACGUGAGUCAUUCCAGAAAUAAACAUCUAACCGCUCGCACUACAUACUGGCGAUACCUACACCUGCACGCACACGCACGCACACUACAACUGUACCUACACCAUGGAAUAACACCUACUCGUUCGUCCUAGAUAGUGGAUGCUGAUGCCAUCGUCAGCGGUCAGACGUGGUUAUAGAUAAAAGAUUCGGCCGUCUUCACCACGUUCACGCUAUUCGAUCGGUCGGCGUAAAUCGUGUGGAAUUAAAUAAUAUUGUUCACCGUUUGUAAAAGGGCCUUGUGGGGAUUGUGUCGUGAACGCGUACCUACCUACCACUCGAUGGGACGGUGUAGUCGCCGGAAGGUGAACAGAAUUAAACUCCAUCGUAUCCGCUGCGGUGCACGAGACACACCGAGCUAUGUCUACUAUCAACCAUCUGUAUGAUGCAAGAUAAUGACACGAAGGACUCGGUCGAUUAUCAUUAUGAAGCGACCGAAACGGUGAGGAACAUUUUGAAAAGGCAGUUGCUCACGACCGAUUUGUUCCAACAGACAUUUUUGACCACCAUUCUCACUACUUUAGAUAAUCAUACCGUCAACAAUAAUAGUGUUAUCAAUACAUGGUUGGACACGCUGCUAGAUUUUAUUGAGUUCUUGCCUGUUGACUGCUUACAAAGAGAGAUUUUACCAUUUGCUAUUGAAAGAAGUGAUCUAUCCAAGCCUGAAUCAUUACGUUUAAUUAGUUGCAGAAUUUUUGGAUCACUUGCCCCUAAACUAAAUGCAUAUAUUAUUAAACGUGAAAUAUGGCCAUGUAUUUUAUCACUUUGCCAAGAUGAAAGUGUUCUAGUAAGGAAAACUGUUUGCCAAGAGCUAAGUAAAGUGAGUGCAUUUCUUAAAGACAAUACAGACAAUUCAAAAGACUGUAUUUUGCUGCCAGCAAUUGUGGAUUUAGCUAAUAAUGCUGAUUAUGGUGUCAAAGUUGCUCUGCUCGAUGUUAUUGUAGACAUAAUACCAUGCUUUCCCAGGGAAAUAAUUGUUACUGUUGUGGUGCCAAUGGUUAAAAAACUAAUUGACACAGAUUUUAAUAAAAGUAAUUUCCUAGUGGUGGCUGUUGCCAAGAAUUUUGGUGUCAUUUGUAAAGCUCUUAGUGAUUAUUUAAGUUUUGAAGAUGUGUCUUGGUUUGUCAAUAAAUAUACGGAUUUACUGAAAAUUGAUUGCAAAACUGACUAUAUAUGUAAUAAUGAUCAUACUAUUAGUGAUAAGCCAUAUUUUACUAUUCAAAAACUCUGUGCUAUGAGUCUAACAGAAAUCAUAAUUUUAAGUUCAUCUGACAAGGGUAGCACAACUUUGUUAAUUUAUCUUAUCAAUCAUUUGGUUGAUUUGGUCUCUGAAGAUUAUGUGGAGAUAAGAAUUGCUUUGGUUGAUAUUAUCAAAGAAGUUUUGGUAUCAUUAAACGAUAAAGUUGUAUUGAUUUCUUCAGUGUUAAUGAAAAUGUUGUCUGAGAGAGAUAUUAAAGUUUUAAAAGUGAUGAUUCCUAAUUUAAGCUUUAUAAUUACAAAAAUGAAAUAUCAAGAACAAGUUUUAAAAUCACUGAUGCUCUUGGAAGAAUUUUUGUUUGUACAAUACAACUGGAGAUUGUACGCAGAGUUUUUACACCAGAUAAUAGUUUUACCUACAUGUUACACAUCUGACCAGGUAUUUUAUGUUGGAAAAGUAAUGCUCAAUAGACUGGAAUGUGUUAGACAAAAACCAAUUAGAGAAGCCGUUUGUACAUUGCUAUUAACAAUUUUACGUUAUAAUUUAGAUGCUAAUCAAAGAACACUACUGCGUGAACAUCUCAUUGAUCGUACAGUGCAAAAUCCAAAUUUUUACAAAAGAUCAUUUUACAUAUUUAUAUGUCAAGAAGCUUUGAAUGUAUUUUCCUCAGCAUAUUUCAAAAAACACUUUUUCUUGAGUUUACUUUCUUUGGCAGAUGAUAAGGUCGCAAAUAUUAGAUAUAGCUUAUGUAAUAUAAUGUCCAACAUAGUGAAUAUAUUUAAGAUUUCGACUGAAAAACCUUUAGUUGAUAAAUUAAUUGAUACUAUAAACAAACUUUUAUGUGAUGAAGAUCGAACUGUCCAGGAACAACGUCCACUUUUAGAAUAUUGUAAUACUACUGUUGGUCUCAUACUACGGGGUAAGAGGAUUAUGUCUGAAUACACAGAAAUUGACGAUGAUAUAAUCAAAUUUAGUGAAGAAUCUCGUUUAUUGCUUUUGAAGUCAUCUGAACGUCUUCAAUUGGACAAUGGUGGUGUGUUCUUAAAAAGUCUAAUCGAAGAAAAGAUGUUUUCAAGCCAAAUAGAUGAAUGUUCAAGAACACCAAAUGUAGAUGAUAAAAUUACUUUAGCGGGUAAAAAGGCAUUUAUGUUGGAAUCCGAGUUUAUCAAAGAUACUGGUGUUUCCAUUAAUAAAAUGAUGGAACAUUCGUCAAAAAUACCUACACCUGUUCAGCAAAUAGUUAUUGAUCCACAAAAUGGUAGAUCACUUAAAGAGCAAAAAAUAUCUUAUCUGCCAGUAAAAAAAGAUAGAACACUCUCACCAGCUUAUCGAUCACAAAAGAGACAUGAAACUAGUGAACAUGUGGUAACUCGCUCUACAAAUAUUGCCAAGAGAAAUGCCAAUUUUGGUGGAAAAAGACUUAGUGUACCUGUGAUGUCAUGUAUCAACGUUGAUAUUAAAAAAGAUGCAAAUGGUAACCUUGUUAAGUUUGCAGCAAAAAGACCACAAUCUUGUUAUGUAGAUGGAAAUCAAAUUGUUUUGUCGGAAAUAAAAACGGAAAAAUCAUUGUCUGAUGAAUCAUUGGAUAAAAAUUCCAAAAAUAAACCUUUGAGUCGUCUUCCAAUAAGAAAAUCGCAAGGUAAAUAAAAAUAAAAAAUACAGUUUUCCAUUAAGUUAAAAAACGAAACCAAUGAUCUUAUGCCAAAUUGAAAUAUUUUAACUGUGAUAAAUUCAGUAUACGCACAAAACAGUUUUAGUUUUUAACAUAUAUUUUAACUUUUAAUUACCUUACAUAUCAUAAGUUAGGCAUAGCUAAGUAUAAUAUUACCUUUUACAGUAUUUAAAACAUUAAGAUGAGAUAAUAUAUUCUUAAUUAAUUUAAAACUAAUGUUUAGAUGGGAGUAGUUUAAACUAUUUUCUUAUUUUUAUAUUUUAUUUCAGACAUUAAAUGUAUAAUCAUAAUUAACCCAAAGAGUUAUAUUUUUGUAAACAAUAUGUUCAUAAUUAACUAUUAAGACAUCAUCUUGGUUUGUUAUAUUGUUUUAUACGACUAAUGCAAAACAAAAAUAAACUGUGAUUUUUAAAAAAAAGAAUGUAUAACAAAAUAAAUGUUAAUUGAAUGGUGAUUAAUAUUAUCAGAUAUUGUAAAUAUUUAUAUAUUGGUUUGUAAUUAGCUUAUAAACCUCGGUUUUUUUUUUGUUUCCAACAACGUAACGGUGAUCAUAGCUAACAGCUUAAAAACUAUUUUAUAAAACCAUAACCUCUAAUCUAUGAAUCUAAAAAAAAUGUUCACUACAAAACUUUAACUGAAAAAUAAAACAAAACAUUGAAAAAUCUAAAUUAAAAGUGUUUAAAUUAAUAUUGGUUUAACAAUUGAUUGUUGUUGCAUUCGAGAUUAGCCAUCGGAGUGCUGAUACCAAUGUUUUAGCUUUAGGCCUUAGUCUUGGUUACAGUGUUGGAUAACAAAAAACCUAGGUUCUAACAUUUUAACAAGCUGGUAUAAACUGAUUAUAAACAUUUCCAAAAAAUGGUUUUUCAGUCAUCAACUUAAGCAAUACAAUAAUGCCAAAAGAUGUUUUUGCCAAGUGUAUACGAUAAUUAAAAGACAAAAAUAACAUAUCUUGAUGUUGUGUCUUAUUGUCAGGAUAUUUAAAAUUUUAAUACAUAUACAGUAGAUUCUUAUCAUGAUGAAUGUCAAUAUCUCAACAUUUUUUUAAUCUUGAGCUCAAUAGAAAUCCCUUUAAAAUAAUUACCAUUACAAUAAAACUUAAUAUCUUGAACUUUUUUCUGUUCCCUUUGAGUUUCCACAUAACGAGAGCUUACUGUAUAUAGCAAUAAUAAGAACAUUGUAGGUACUAUAAAUUACUAAUUAAAUAUAAGAUGUUAAAUGUUUACAGAUUUGAUUAUUUUUAUUGUGUGUAUUAAGACAAUUUAGGAUUAGAAUUUUAACAGAGAAAAUAUUAGCUUAUAUUUGAUUGAUAUAUCCAAUGUACAAUAUUAAAAUUGUUAUUACUUUGAUAGAUUGUUAUUGUUAUAUUAUGUAUGUAGGAAAUUGGUACUAUUAUACAAUUUUGAUGACAAUGUGUCUGUACCAUUUAUAUUAAUAUUUUUAUUUUGUAAAACAUGUGAGUUUGUAAAUGUGUACCAAUUUAUCAUGUUCAUUGAUUUUGUGAGAUGUAUUUUAACUAUUAAAGUCAUUCAUAAAACGACUCGUAUUUCAUUUAAAAUUUAUCCAAAUCAAAAGAGUCACGGAAAAAAACAUUAUAGCAUUCUCUAUAACUGAUCAAAUACAAUAUUAUUAUUUACAUUUUAUACAAAUUAAUGAUUUAAGGAACAAAAUUAAAUGAAAAAAUAUAAAUAUAAUAUGAUUAAGGAAUAUUUUCUUAAAAUUUUUAAUUGUUAUAAUGUCAAAAUAUUUCCCUGAAUUGCAUAUAUUUGAAAUUUAAGACUGUUUAUAAACAUUAAAAUUUUUUUUGUUAGAUUUAGUAUCUUUUUCUGAGAUAUGUUCAUGUGGCACAGCACUUUUGAUACAAUAUAAGGAUAAAAAAUGCAAUCUUAUAAUAUAUGUUUAAACUUUAAACUAUUCCCGUCAGGUUUUUAUAUUAAUUGUAAUUUGUAAUUAAAUUAUUUGUGCAAUCGUCUAUAACAUUUAUACCUAGUUAUAGUUUAAUUAUGUGUUUUAAAAAUAUUUAAUUUGAACUUUGAAGUAGUGUGUAACCAAAUGAAGUGACAAAUAUUAUUUAUUUUGUAGUCAAAACCAUGGUCUUGUUAUCAUUGGAAGAGUUUUAAAAAGUACAGUUAUGUUAGUUAAAAGAAUAUAUAUUAUAAUUGUUUUAUAUUUAUUGUUUUGAUCUUAGUUUGUUAAUGAUUUUUUUCGUUUUUAAUGCAUAUUAGCUUUAAGAGGUAAACCUGUAUUACACCUAUGUUUAUGUAUAAUUUAUUGUUCUUGUAUUACUAAAUAUUUUCUUUAAGCUUAGAAGAUACAUGUUUUUAUUUUGGAUUGUCAAUAUGAAAAGUUUGUUUUGUCAUAACUCAUAUUUAUGAAACAUGUGAAAAAUAAAAACAAAUUAUGUAUUGUUAUUAAGAGGAUGUUGUUGUACCUGCAUUUGUUAUUUCUGUUUUACGGCCACAUGACAUAAUAAAUACUCUUAUUGUAUUCUUA